CUCUCAUCAUGGGAUCUACCUCCGGCAGUAUUAGAAAAUUAUCGAUCGGUAGGCAUUACCAAAAUGUUCGAAUGGCAAGUCCAAUGUCUUACCUUAGGUAAUGUCUUGAACGGUGGUAAUCUCGUAUACGCUGCUCCUACUAGUGCUGGUAAAACUUUAAUCGCUGAACUACUCAUGUUAAAACGUGUAUUGGAAAGUAAAAGAAAAGCCUUACUCAUUUUACCAUACGUCAGCGUUGUUCGUGAAAAAACAGCUUACUUACAACGAUUAUUUGAAUCUACUGGUAUACGAGUAGGUGGAUUUAUGGGUAAACAAGCUCCAUCGGGUGGCUUCGACAAUAUUGAUAUCGCAAUUUGUACAAUUGAGAAGGCAAACAGUUUAAUAAAUAGGCUAAUGGAAGAGAGACAACUUGAGCAGCUAGGUAUUAUCGUAAUCGACGAAAUGCACGUUAUCGGUGAUCCUUACAGAGGUUAUCUACUUGAAUUACUGCUUGUUAAAGUACUAUAUUGGACAAGUAAAGCAAAGACAUCAACUACGGAAAAUCAUUCAACUAGUAUUCAAAUUAUCGGAAUGAGCGCAACGCUUCCAAACUUGCAUGUUAUGGCUAAAUGGAUUAAUGGUAAAGUAUACAACUCUUCCUUUAGACCAGUACCAUUAACUCAAAUGGUUCAAAUAGGAAAAACAAUUUAUAAUCAUCAAAUGCAACCAAUACGUAAUAUUGAUAGUGAAAAUGAAAUAACACAAAUUUGCCUAGAAACUGUUUGUCACGCACAUGGAGUAUUAAUUUUCUGUCCGACAAAAAAUCAUUGUGAGAAAUUAGCUCAAAAUCUGGCCUCACAGUUCAUUCCACAUAUUGAUUAUUUAGACGAGCCUGUAGUACCAUCAAGUUAUGCUACAGAAUCCAAUCGAUUAAAUUUAAAUAGAACAAAAUUGUUAACUACUCUUGCCCAACUCAAGUCGACUCCUGUUGGAUUAGAUCCGGUAUUGGAAUCUACGAUAACUAAAGGUAUUGCUUUCCAUCACGCUGGUCUAACAAUAGAAGAAAGAGAUAUCAUAGAGGCAGCAUUUAGGAGUGGUAUCAUAUUAGUUAUUAUUGCUACGUCGACGUUAUCAUCAGGUGUUAACUUGCCUGCAAGAAGGGUCAUUAUCCGUACACCAAUUUUUUAUGGACGUCUAAUUGACGUUAUCACCUACCGGCAGAUGGUAGGCCGAGCUGGGCGUAAAGGUAUAGAUGAUAUAGGUGAAAGCAUUCUUAUAUGUAACAACAGGGAGAUGGAUCGUGUUUCUAAAUUAGUAACUGCCACGCCUGAUCCUGUAAUAAGUUGUUUCUCGAAAUGUAAAAAUCCUGAUGAAGACAAUGGAAUGAUGAAGCGUGCUCUACUUGAAGUUAUUAAUAGUGGUUUUGCGAAAACAUUUACGGAUACAGUAUUAUACAUAUCAUGUACAUUACUAGCAGCUAGUACUGAAGCUGAUAUGAGUUUAUCAUUAGAUAACGCACUCGAAUCCACACUACAGUUUUUAGAGGAAAAUGAAUUCAUUAAACGUCAAGCAAGCCUACAAUACUACGCAACCAAAUUAGGAGAAGCAACUGUUGCAUCAGCAUUAUCACCUGAUCAAGCAUUAAUAGUCUUCGCUGAUUUGCAGAAAGCUCGUAAAAGUUUUGUACUAGAAAAUGAAUUGCAUAUCAUUUAUCAGGUAACACCCAUUAACUUAAAUGAUCAGUUAAAAGGUAUUGAUUGGUAUAAUUAUUUACGUAUUUGGGAGAAAUUACCCGAUGAUAUGAAAUAUGUUGGAAGAAUAAUUGGGGUAGCAGAAUCAUAUCUUACCAAGGGUGCCCGUGGUAGGUUGCCCCAAAGGACCAUAGCUCAGCGUAAUACUCUAUCUGUGCAUCUUCGCUUCUACACAGCAUUAGUGUUAAAUGCAUUAAUUCAUGAAGUUCCCUUGAUUGAUAUUUCCAAUUAUUAUGGAUUAUCUCGUGGUCAGUUGCAAUCGCUACAAAAUUCAGCUGCUACUUUUUCCGGUAUGGUAACUAUUUUUUGCAAAAAACUUUGUUGGCACAACCUUCAUCUACUUUUAGAGCAAUUUCAGAGUCGUCUAGCUUUUGGAAUUGAAAGAGAAUUAUGUGACCUUGUCAGAAUAUCCUUAUUAAAUGGCACUCGGGCUAGAGCUUUAUACAAUGCUGGAUUGCAAACUGUUGUGGCAAUUUCUAAAUCUUCAUCGACAAUUAUAGAACAAAUUUUAUAUAAGGCAACACCAUUUCGUAGUAAGUUUAGCGAUGGCUAUUAUGAAAUUGAGACAAAUAUCGACACUGCUUGCCCUUGGAUUGGCUGCCGAAGAGGUAUGACUUAUAAGCAAGCUGCUAGCUACAUCAUUGAAGAAGCCAAGCAAAUGGUUGCCGCCGAUACUAAUAUAGAGCAUCUAGUCAAUAAUAAUCCAAGAACCGAUCGUAUUAGUAGCAUAGAUCAUCGAUCUACUGGGGUACAUUCCGUAUCUUCAUUUGAUGACUCUUUCGAUUUUGAAACCUUAACGUCAUUAAAUGGAGAUCUGAAAUCAGAUUUAGACAAAAAUGCUGAAGAUAGUUGCUUUAGUAUCAUCGACGUUACUGGUAGUAAGGAAUUAUUCGAUGUAUUUAUAAACGAAUGGAGGCAUCAAAGAGCUUACACCCUAAGUCUUGCAUGCGAGCCAAAAUCGCAACUUCAUAAAGGUAUUGGAAGUAAUAUUAGAUAUCGACCAUCACAGACGCAAUCCGAUCUAUCCUCUUCUUCCUCUAUUAUUUUCGAUGAUCGUUACAUUGUUGUUGGUAUCGCAAUCUGCUGGGGUGGCUUUGAUUCGUACUUCGUUAACUUAGGCGACUGCAAUACAUUACAAGAUGAUGUUGCAAACAAUAUCGAAAAUUCAUCAGCAAUUAAAAUAGCUUAUAACCUGAAGGAGCAGUAUAAGAUAUUAACAAGGCAUCUACAAGUAGAAAUAAAAGGCACUAGUUAUGAUCCUAAAAUUGGAAUUUGGUUAUUAGAUCAAGAUGCUCACGAAAAAACAUUUCAUGCAAUAAUAUCAAAUUAUUUAGCUGAUGAAGCUGCACUUUUAGAUUGUGUUAUAGGUACUUGUACUGAUGGUAAUGGAAUUGGCCUGCAUUAUAACAGCCAAACUAGUGGUAGACGGCGCGCAUGUAUCGAAUCGGUAUUGGUUCAUAAGUUGCAUUCUGUUGUUGAAGCUAUGUUAAAAGAGAGAGAAUUAUAUAAACUUUACUCGGAAAUUGAAAUGCCAACUAUUCGGACAUUAUGUUGGCUAGAAUUAGAUGGUAUUGGAUUUUGUAUGGAUGAAUGUCAGCAGCAGAUUGAACGCUUACAAUAUAGACUUCAUUAUAUUGAGGAAAUGGCAUAUAGAAUUGCUGGUAGGUCAUUUCAGUUGACAUCUCCUACCGAUAUCGCACAUGUUCUUUAUACGGAAUUAAACACAUGUAAAGACGUACUCCAAAAAUUAUCUCAAAUUCAUCCGCUGCCAGCUUUAGUAUUAGAAUGGCGUAGAAUCAACUCAGCCCUUACAAAGACUUUAUAUCCCCUGAAACGCUACAGUAAAUACUGUCAUAAGUCUAAAACUUAUAGAGUGUAUCCUACGUGUCAGAUGCAUACAGCUACGGGUCGUAUUUCAAUUAGUGAUCCUAACUUACAAAAUAUACCAAAAGAUUUUGAUAUCGCUAAAAUGGUUCGUAUGAGAAAUAUUAUUGGCUGUACAAACGACACCAUAUUACUUUCAGCUGAUUAUUCGCAGCUAGAGUUGAGAUUGAUUGCUCACUUAUCGGAAGAUAAGCAAUUGAGUCGAGUACUAAAUGAUGGAGGAGAUGUUUUUAAAGCGAUUGCGUCCGAGUGGUUGUGCAUACCAACAGACCAUGUUAGCGAUGAGCAACGACAAAGGGCAAAACAAAUGUGUUAUGGAAUUAUUUAUGGUAUGACACCGAUGGCAUUAGGGGAACAAAUGAAGGUGCCUGAAGAACAGGCUGCUACUUUUAUGCAUACCUUCAAAAGUCGCUACAAUGGUAUCGCUAAAUUUAUAGAAAAAACGUUAGUAUCUUGUCGGCGGGAAGGUUACGUAUCUACAAUUAUGAAUAGAAAACGCUUAUUACCUAACAUUCGUUCAACCAAUGCUCGCCUAAGAAGCCAUGCGGAACGCCAAGCAAUUAAUACCACGGUUCAAGGGUCAGCAGCUGAUUUAGUUAAAAUUGCCAUGAUAAACAUUCAUAAACGAAUCGAUGAAAUGUGUGCUAACCGAGCGAAUCGAGAUAAUGCUGAAUGGAAACCAAAAUUUGUAUUACAAAUGCACGAUGAAUUAUUAUUCGAGAUUAAGGCGAAUGAACUUGAAUCAGUUUCUUUGAUUGUAAAGCAGGAAAUGGAAAAUGCAUUGAAACUGCGUGUAAAAUUAGAAGUUAAAAUUAAAACCGGUAAAUAUUGGGGCGAGCUUGUUAAUUACACUUAUCGUUGUUAG